AUGCGCGGGCUGCAGAUGGCGGACGAUUUCGGCGCUUCGACGGUGGGCGACCUCGACCUCGACUUCCUCAAGCCGUCGCCGCACUACGCCGCGUGGAGCAAGGCGGCGGACAAGGCGAAGGCGGCCGCGGCGGCCACCAAGCCUGGCGCGAUGCAGCUCGACCUCGAGGAGGCGCUGACGCGGCCGGUCGCAGGCGAGGGGCAGCAGAUGCCACAGCCAAGGGGGAGACGCAAGGGGCACUACAACCUGUCGGCGCACAUGGUCUGGAUCGGCGACCGCACGCGCCAGCUGCUCGGCGGGCGCGCGGAGUCCUUUCGCGGCGUCCUCAACCCGAUCGUCAGGCAAGUCGAUGAGCUGUGUUUUGAGCGCGGGGAGCUGAAGGAGCUGUGCGCCAUCCUCAACCCGGACAAGGUGGAGGGGCGGCUGGUGCUCAUCACCCGCUACGGCGCCGAGAAGGAGGACAUGCUCACCCGGCAGUACGACACGUACUGCGACCCGCGCCUCAACUACGCGCAGUCCAUCGAGGCGUCGCUCGUCAUCGCGAACGCCCUCGGUGCGCGCUGA